AUGGAAGAAGAUUUUAAUAUUGAUGAAGAUUAUAUAAAGAAAUUAUCUGAAAAAUAUAAAAAUGUUGAUCACCCAUUAUUUAUGAGUGAGCUUCCGAAAAAUAUUGAAGAGAAUGAAGAUCUAGAGGCAUUAUAUAAUUUAAUGAUAUCUGAUGAAAAUCCUAUAAGUUUAGCUAAAAACUAUAAAGAAGUAGGAAAUGAUUAUUUUAAAGAUGGAGUUAAAUAUUAUGAAGAUGCUAUUAUUAGUUAUAAUAAGGGUAUAGAUAUUUUAAACAGUUAUAUUAAUUCAAUUAAUAAUGAUAAAUUAAAAAAACAAAAUAAUCUUAAUCAUGUGACUAAUAAAAAAUAUAAUAAUGAUGAACAAAUAAAAUUAAUAAAUGAAAACAACUGCAACAACGGUUGCAUAUUAGAUAAAGAUAGCAACACAAUGAAUGAGAAAAAAUUGAAAGAAGAGUGCGAAAAUAAUUUUAUCACGACUAACGUAAGUAAUAAUACAAAUAAAAAUGAAGCUAUAAAUUUAUUAUCAGAUAUAUAUUGUAAUAAAUCAAUAAUCCAUUAUAAAAAAAAAAGAUAUGUAAAGUGCUUAGACGAUUGUAAAAAAGCGCUUUCAUAUAAUAAUAAAAAAUAUAAAUGUUUAUAUUUUUGUGCAUUAUGUUCAUAUCAUAUGGAAUUAUAUAAUGAUGCAUAUAAAUAUAUUAAAAUAUUUGACGAUCUAAUAAAAGAUGAAAACAUAAGAAGCUUAAUAAAUAUAAAUGAUUAUGAAAAAUUGAAAAACCAAAUUUUAGAAAAAUAUGAAAAUUUUUUACAUAGAAAGAAAAUAAAGGAAGAUGAAAAAAAAAUUAUUAUAGAGAAACAAAAAAAUGAAAUGAAUAAAAUUGAAAAUAUAUUACGAAAAAGAGACAUUACUAUAUUAGAAAACAUUUAUAAUAAUGAUAAUAUUACACCAGUACUAUAUCUAGAUGAAAAUAGGUAUAUACAUUUUACAGUAUUUUUAAUAUAUUUUGAAACAAACUUUAUUGAUACCAUAUUAGAUUUCGCUGAAAAUACACGCAUAAUAGAUUAUUUUGAUAUUAUAAAAAAAAAUAAAGAAAAUGAAUUACUUUUUUGUUAUUUAGAAUUUCCUGAUGAUAAAUUUUACUUUAUUAAUAAAUAUUCCUAUAUCUGUGAUAUCAUAAAUAAAAUAAAAUUAUUUACACCCAUCAUUUCUUUACAUAUUAUUGAAAAUGCUGAUGCUAAUAACACUUUUAAAAGUAACAAAAAUAUUUUUUUUAUUGAAGAAUAA